AUGGAUUCCGACAAUAUUGACAAUAUCGAAAAUCUCGGCACCCAGCUCGAUGUUUUCAAUGUCAUCGAGCGAACAUGCUCGGUGUUGUCCCUGGUGGGAUGCAUUUUCAUUAUUAUAACUUUCUGCGUAUCGGACGCUUUCCACAAACCGAUAAAUCGUCUUGUGUUUUAUGCUUCAUUCGGCAACAUGAUGACCAAUGUCGCAACGCUCAUGGCGAGGGUUUACGUUCCAUUUCCUGAAUCCGCCGGUUGCCAGUUUCAGGCAUUUCUGAUCCAAAUGUUCAUGCCCGCCGACGCCUUCUGGAUAUUGGCGAUGGCUAUCAACGUCUAUCUGACAUUCUAUGCCAAAUUCGACGCGCAAAAGCUUCGGAAGAUGGAAAUUCCAUACCUGAUCUUCUGCUACGGUGUGCCGUUCGUGGUGGCCUUGGUGUUUAUUUUUGUGUCGUCCCCAACGAAGGGUAAGAUAUAUGGCGAUGCCACUCUAUGGUGUUGGGUCAAAAGAGAGUGGGAUAUCUUUCGAAUCAUCACAUUCUACGGACCAGUAUGGGCGGCGAUCGCCGUGACGACAUUUAUUUACAUCCGUGCCGGACGGGAAAUCUACAGGAAGCACAAACAGCUCAGAGAACUGAAUUACACAAGCCGCUACGAACCCGAAGCGAACCCGGCGAAUGAUGCGUUCAGUGUCAAGACUACCGAGGUUUCAGUCACUUCUGAGAUAGUCACAACGACGCAAGAAACGACCCUCGACCUCGCACCACUCGGCCGCGCUCAUCGGGACAGCUCAGCGGCCAGUCAGUCCAAGCCGUCUGCAUACUCAGUCAGCAUCUCCGCAGAUGGGCCAGGGGGUGCGGCAGGGGCGACCAUGGCGACAGCAACAGCCAGCGGUAGAAGCAACGAGAACACGAUGCAGCGCUCGGGGCGUAGGAAGGCCACACAUGACGCCAACAGCGCGGCAUGGUCGUAUACGAAAUGCUCGAUCCUCUUCUUCACGGCUAUUCUGAUAACGUGGAUUCCCUCGACAGCAAACAGAGUCUACGGAGUCAUACAGCCCGACGGAGUCAGCUUGCCUCUCGAGUACAUGUCAGCCUUUGUUUUGCCACUGCAAGGCUUUUGGAACGCUGUCAUUUACAUGGUCACGAGCUGGAAAGCGUGCAAAACCCUCAUGGAUGACAUUCGCUACUCCUCCAAGGGGGGCCGGAAGACGAACGUGCCGAGUCGGCUGACAAGCAGGUCUCGGCUGGGAGGACGGCGCGACAAUAUAUCUGUGGCUGGAAGGACUGGUACGUUUGAGAUGAUGAGCAAGGGGCGGAACCUGAGGACAGCGUCGAAUUUGAGCUCGAGCUCGGAGUCGACGGAGGAGUUGAGGUACGGAGUGGUAUGA